AGCUCAAACAGGAGUUCCGCGUUUUUGGAGCAGCUUCAGACGGAGGCAGCAGCUCGGCGAAGCUCCGACUUUAACGGCUGGUACCAGGUGAAAACCCGGUAACAGUACCGGUGUCAGCGGGGAUAUCCGUCUGCGGCGGGCGGAGCGACGACAGAACCGGUUACCGGAGGCCCAGCGGCGGCGACGCGAUGAGCAGCAGCCCGCCGUCGGUCCAGAUGGACGAGCUCCGGAGAAGAGCCCAGUCGCUGCUCUCCUCCUCCGGCUCGGCCCAGGACGUGAAGGCUGAGGUCCAGGCCAUGGCCGCCAUCCCGCUGCCUCUGUCGGAGAAAUACCGCCACUUCACGGCGGAGGCCAUGCUGAAGGAGAACACGGCGGAUCGCAGCAAACACGAGGUGCUGGAUAUCUUGAGCAGACUGGUCAAGGCCUUGAGCAUCCUGGAGAAGUACGGCUGUAACCUGACCAGCCCCGCCAGGCCCAGGUACUGGAGGAGCGUCAAGCACAACAACCCCGUCUUCAGAACCACAGUGGAUGCCGUCAAGGGCGGCCGGAGAGUCCUGUAUCUGUACGGCUACACCAACCAGCAGGUGGACGGCCUCAGCUUUCCCGAUGAGGUCAGCGAACCGGACCGUGAGAAGGUCGCCGCGGUGACGCUGGAGGUGAUGACGCUGCGCACGGAGGUGGACAUGAUCGUGAAGGGAACCCAUCCUCACGUAGAACACUUCAAAGAUAUCAUCCCAUUUGUCAUCCAGCAGAAUAAGCCGGUCGGGGACUCUGUGGUCACCUCAGCUGGAGAGGAGCAGCAGCAGCAGCAGCAGCAGCAACAACAACAACAACAGCAGCAGCAGCAGCAGCAGCAGCAGGUCGACAAACCUCCGGUCGUGUCUCCUUUACCGAAACCCGCUCCGAGACCGGCGGUCACACAAGUCCAGAAACCAGCAACAGCGUCUCCGGCCGCCAGCGACUGUAACUUGUGCGGCGGCGCUUCGUCUCUGCUCUGCCCGUCGUGCGACAAUCAGCCUUUCUGCGACGCCUGCGACGACCUGUACCACCGCCACCCGUCCAGAGCCAGUCACAAGAGAGACAAGAUACAGAAAACCAAACAAGAGACCUGCAGCAUCUGUGGUAUUGCCGCCGUCCACGCUCAGUGCUCCACCUGCAUCCAGAGGUUGUGUCUGAACUGCGACCGGCUGUUUCACUCUCAUCCGGACCGCAAAGGACACAGCAGGACCGCCAUCACGCCGGCCAAAACGUCCAGUCCGUCUCUGUCGCCGUGGGAGUGUUCUCACUGCACGACGGUGAACGAGAUGCGAGCCGUCCUCUGCACCACCUGCGAACGUCCUCGACUCGCCACGGCUGCUGCUGCAGCGGCCACCGCUCAGGACAGUCUGGCGUCGGUUCCUUCAUCGCCAAACACCGAGUGGCAGUGUAAGAGCUGCACGGUGGUCAAUCAGGGCAGCAGCAUCCUCUGUGAGGUGUGUGAGCGCCCCCGUCUGGCCACUCGGCCGCCCGUCGCCCCGGUGAUGUCUGACUCCGGAACGAAGUGGAUCUGUCAGUUCUGCACCUACGUCAACUGCAAGCCGUCGGCGGUUUGCGAGAUGUGCAACUUGUCCUGCAAAGACUCGGCCGGAGUUUCUCUGCCUCUGUCGCUGCAGCAGACGCCGACCGGCAUCAAGACACAGCCUCAGCCGGGCGGGAGGCCUCAAGCGAAGCCCCGAGUCAACGUGGAGCUCAGGAGGCAGAACACGAUGAGGGAGGACGGACUCACGCUCAUCCACCAGAUACGAGAAGCAGAGAAGCGAGACGUCAGCCCGGAGGAGGUGUACGCCGCCCUGUGCGUGUGCGGCGGCAGCAACGUCAACCCCUGCGACUGGCUGAUGUCGGAGCUGCCGCAUCUGCUGGACGAGAUCUGCGCCAUGGCCGCCUCCGUCCAGCUGAACUACAGGACGGGGAACACCGGGACUUUUCAGGCCGACGUGGAGCCGGACGGAGGCGAGGCGGAGCGGAGCGGCCCCCCGAACGCCGCCGGCGACAGCGUCAAGCUUUCCAGAGCCGAAGCCAAGCUGGCCUGGUUGGCGGCGGGAGGCGACACCGACAGAGCAGUGAGACAGCUGCUGAGGGAUCGACAGGUCAAGAUGCGGGAGCUCCACUCUCUGGGCUUCAGAGACGUGUCCCAGUGCGAGGAGGCCCUGCGGCAGAGCGGCGGCGAGGUGAAGGGGGCUCUGUCUCUGCUGCAGCGGCCCGUCCUGGAGCCGUUCCACCAGCGCAUCUGGGCCGAGCAGCCGGAGCCGCCCAUCGACCCCAAACACCCGGACAAGCAGAGGACGUGCAGGCGUCUGCUGGCGUUGUACGACCUGCCCAGCUGGGGGCGCUGCGAGCUGGUCCUGUCGCUGCUGCAGGAGCCCGGCGUCACCUACUCGCUGGAGGACGUCGUCCAGGCGGUGAAGGAGUCGCACGACAAGGACUUCAUCAGGCGCCUCCUCAACAACGAGUGCCCCUGCUGCUUCAGCAUCUUCCCUCGAAGCAAAAUGCAGUCGCUGACGUCCUGCCAGUGCUCCGUUUGCCACGAGUGCUUCCGGCAGCACUUCACCAUCGCCGUCAGAGACAAACACAUCCGGGACAUGGUGUGUCCCGUGUGCAGCGAGCCGGACAUCAACGACCCCGAGCAGCUGGACAGCUACUUCUCCACGCUGGACAUACAGCUGCGGGACUGUCUGGUGGCCGAGGUCUACGAGUUGUUCCACAAGAAGCUGACCGAGCACGCUCUGAUGAAGGACCCCAAGUUCCUGUGGUGCUGCCACUGCACCUCCGGGUUUAUCAACGACGGAGACCAGCUGAAGGUCACCUGCCCGUCCUGCCGCAAGAGUUUCUGCGCCCAGUGCAAGAAGCCCUGGGAGCCCCAGCACCAGGACGUCACCUGCGAGCAGUUCCAGCAGUGGAAGAGGGACAACGACCCGGAGUACCAGAGGCAGGGCCUGGCCGGAUACCUGAGAGACAACGGCAUCACGUGUCCUCAGUGCAAGUUCCAGUACGCUCUGACCAAAGGCGGCUGCAUGCACUUCAGCUGCUCCCAGUGCAGAUACCAGUUCUGCAGCGGCUGCAACAACCCAUACCACAAGACGGUGUGUAAGACGCCUCAGUGCAACUACAACGGCCUCCACGCUCACCACCCUCGAGACUGUCUCUUCUACCUCCGAGACUGGGAGCCCAACAGGCUGCAGGCGCUGCUGCAGAGGUGCGGCGUGGACUUCAACACAGAUCCCUCCAAUGGAGCUCAGACAGAUGCUUGUGGUGUGAUGGAGCAGAAAGACGAGGGAGGCCAGCCGGAGGAUUCACCGUGUGGCAUCCAGACACAGCCGGGACAAGCUGGACUCUGCGAGAAGCACUACAGAGAAUACCUGGUGAGCCUGAUCAACGCUCACACUCUGGACCCGGCGCUGCUCUACGACGGCCCCGAGCUGGUCCGGGCCUGCGAGCGAUACCGGGUGGACACGCCCAGAGGAGAGAACGAGGAGGACAACGUUUACCAGGCUAGACUGCUCAAGAAACUGAUGGAGGUUCCUCUUGGAGAAAAGGUUCCUCGAAACAAAUGAAGACUCCAUGAACAUCAGAAAUCAUCCUGAAUCUGUCUGCAGAAGUCCACCUGAAGAAACCAGAGCGUUUUGAUUUUGAAAUCAGCUGCAUUGUCCGGUUGUCCUCAACCAGCUGUUUAAAUCGCCUGUGGAGGAAUCCCGGAUCCUUAAUUUAGUGCCAAACAAACAGGAGAAAAAGUGCAUUUGUGUACUGAUUUGUGCUUAGGAACAGAAAAGUGUUGGUCUGUUUUUUUCACUAGAAACUACUGGAGCGGGUCUUUGUGAUUUUCUACAGGUUGUGCCUUCAUGUCACAGCGAUGCAAACGUUUAAAGAAACUAAUUAGUGUUUUCUGGGUUAGGGUCUUACUGGAAUCUGACAUUUUGAUGAUUUAUGUUUUGCACUUGAAUAAGAAAAAUGUACGUUUAGAAGUGUUUCAGAGAAAUGUAGCCAUAUUGGGCAAAUAUAUGUGAAAAAGCAAAUGACAAUUAAAUUUCUUAUUCACUAUCAGGAA